AUGCUGUUCUUCUUCCUUCUGCUACCCUGCCUAUCCUGGGCUGCUACCAAAGACUGUUUUGAGCGUGUGGCCAAUCACACGCUGAUUGGUACGGUAGUUGUGACACUCAACGACAUUACUCUAACAGAAUGUCAAAAUGCUUGUGUUAAAGCAGACAAGGAAAAAUGCAGGUCACUUAUGUAUCAUGCCGCAAAGAAACGAUGCUAUCUGAACUCGGAAGAUAUGAACACAAGCGAAUCACAAUUUUUCCCAGUGGAAGCUAUAGAUUACUAUCAUAGGACAUGUUACGAUACAUUAGUAUCAUCAAAACGAGAUUCAUCAUUCGAUGACAAUUGUUAUGAGAUCAUCAAAGGCAAGGUAUUGAUCGGUAUUGUCGAUCAGCUGAUAAAAGACGUGACUUCACUGGAACAGUGCAAGAAGCGUUGUCAGAAAAGUAAAGAAGUUAGCGAUAUCAUUUGCAAAAGCGCCAUCUACUACGCAAAGGACAAGGAGUGCAUUAUCGCGUCACAGUCACGUGUAGACAUUCCGGAUCUAUUUAUUGAAGACGAUCAAGCGGUAUACAUAGAAAAUACCUGUCUCAAUAACAGUGGCGCAAAUAUGAAAAAACUAAAGAGUAUGCCGGAAACUGUUCCGAAGAGUACGACACAGGAGACGCAGGCACCUACAACUGCGGAGGCCCCAGCAAGCCAAAAAACUGAACAAUCCUUAUCGUCCUCGUCUGCCGACGCGCAAGAUCUCAGCGGUUUGGGUAAAUCCAGCAAAGUGUUCAAGAAGCCGUUACAUACCAUAGUCGAGCUCUCUGGUUAUGAGGCACCUUCCGAUACGGUAGCCAGUCAAAAUCAUGAAGACGUCAUUACGACCUCCACCACCGCCGCUUCGACUACAUCUACAACGACAGGAAAACCUACAACUAGCUUCGACGCCAAGGUGAUCGAUACCUACAAUGUCAAUGAGGCCGUAGUAAAAUCGCCACCAGCUACGGCUGCAGUAGCGGGUUACGGUAGACGUCUGCGUGACGCAAGAGUGAGGGAAUGCUUCACGGAGGUUCGUCCAAUGCGUCCAAUGGUCCAAACCAGAAUUACAAAAGCCUACUCUUUGGAGCAAUGCACCGACAUAUGUCGUCUUUGUUGGCGAUGUCUACAGGGCGUAAGAUGUGAAGCAGUGGCAUACGAUGUGUCACGUGAACUUUGUGCUCUAAGCAAUACACAGAUUGAGGAUGGUGGCAGCGUGCAAGAACUCGACGUAAUCAUGUACUACAAUAGGCACGAUUGCUAA